AGAAAGAGCAGGCGGGAGGGAAAGAGGGUGCGGACCCUCUAUCGACGAGCGAGCAAGGGGCCGUCCAAGACGCCAACGCCUCCGACUCAGCAAAUUGAAGCGGGUCAAGCCCGCCCGCCAGUCAUGCCUAGCCAGGCAGAUGUUGAGGAUGGCUCCUGUUUCAUUCAUUGCUCUCCUCACUACCAUCUGCCAUCUCUCGCGUGAUAUUGACCCUCAUCUUUUUCCCCAGCCUCUACGGCUUCACGUCUCAUCCACACUCUUUUCAUCCACGCGCCGCAGGCCGGAGCUGUGUUGAUCGCAGCCUGGUCUUCUCGGCGCCCUCACUUGGACACGACGCCUCGUAACAUCGACGCAUAACAACGACUAAGAUCUCAUCAGGCAUCUCAUCAGGAUCAUCAUGAAGACGACCACUCCCCUCCUCAUGAUCCUCGGCGCCUCAGCCGCGGCCGCCUCUUCUGCGGGCGACGUCGUUGCUCCUCGCUGGUCGGGGCAGAACGAAAUUGCAGCACGUCAGCCAGGCUUUGAAGGUCUCGCCUCUUCUCCCUCUUCCUUCCAAAUCCGCCGUCGCCAUCUUCACCACGAUAUCGCUGCAAGGCAGGAAGAGACUGCGGAGAAGCGUCUGGUCGGUGGACUUUUGGGUGGGCUGGUAGGAGGCGAUAGCGGCAGUGACAGCGGCUCGGACUCUGGCUCAGGUCAGUCUCAAUCCCAAAGAGGCGUAGACGAUAAUGCGACGGCGGCGAAGAGCGUGCUGCAGCGUGCAGAGAGGCUCGUUGAGCGAGCACCUCUGCUUGGCGCAGUAGGCGAUGCUGUGGGUGGUGCUGUGGGCGGGCUGCUGGGAGGAGGAAGCAAGUCUUCCGAUUCAUCGGCAACUAGCUCCAGCUCUGAGCCCACUGGCAGCGGCGGCGACAGCAGCAGCAGCAGUAACAGCGAUAGCGGUGAUGACGAGGGCUCAAACACGGGCAGCAGCUCCUCGAGCUCCGGCUCGUCCAACAGCGGCUCGCAGUCGGGCAAUAACGAGGGCAAUGGCAACGCAAAUUCCGGCGGAGAUUCAUCCAGCCGUGGCUCAGGCACCUCUGCCACGCCUGCUCCCUCAUCAAACAGCAACAGCGGCAGCAACCGUGCUUCUGAACAGGCUGCUUCAUCAUCAGCUGCAUCUGCAAGCCGCCAGCAGGCAGAGCAAGCUCGUCAGUCAGAAAGCGCUGCUUCAGCUGCCUCACGUAGCGCCAGCCGUCAAGCUGCUGCCAGUGCCUCAUCUGCCUCGCGAGAUGCCGCUGCAGAAGCUGCGGCUGCCGCCUCGUCCUCUGCAGCUCAAGCUGAAUCUGCCUCCCAAGCCUCCAUCUCGGCCGCCAACGCUGCAGCAGCCACUCCCACCUCGGCCUCGUCUGUCACGCCCGUCCUCAUCACCUCGUCCCUCGCAUCGGGCACCACCGUGAUCACCUCGAUCGCGACUCUCAACCCCACUGGAACGGCAGGCACCUAUGCCGGAGGCAAUGGCGCGAACAAGUCUGGCUCUGGCUCCUCGGACGGCUCAACGAACGACGGCAGCCACUUGUCCAAGGCAGCCAUUAUCGCUAUUGCCGUCUCCCUAGGCACGAUCGGCAUCCUCGUCGUUCUCUUCACCAUCGUUCGUAAGCGUCAGCAAGCCAAGGCCCAGUCUCUCCGCCCGAUGGACUUUGCACCUGGCGGCUUUGCGGCCUACGAAAACAAUGGCGACCGCGGUGUCACGCGUCGUAGCCAGGAGAGCUGGCUCGGUGGCGCAGGUGGGCGACCCAUGAGCGGCAUCACCGAUCUCGAACCCGACAUGGAGCCUCCAAUGGAGGAGUCGCGACUUGGGCACAGCUACGGUCCCUCUACUGCUGGCUCGUACGGCGGAAACUUCUACGAAGACGGUAUGACCCUUCCUCCCACUGCGGCAGGUGGUCGUCGCCUCAGCGUCAUCGACUCUGCCCACUCGCACGGCUACUGGUCCGCAGCCAACGGCGGAGCACCUACCGAUGGCGGGGCUGCUGGUGGAUACGACGGGCACGAUGCGGCUCAAUACUACGACGGGAGCGCCGCGGCUGGCUAUGCUUCGUCUGCUGCCCGUGGGCACGACGUCGCAGGUGCUGAGCGCGCUGGCAGCAGGACGUCGCCGUAUAAUGAGCUGCAGCGUCAGGAGGUUGGCUACGACUACCGUUCUGAUCAGGACGACCCGUAUCGGCUCCGGCCAUAUGCACCGGGGUGGAAGAGACCCAUUCAGCGGGCAGGGCGGGGCACCGCAGCAUGGCUCUUCGCGUUGGAGCGGAUAAGCCGGGUGGGCCCGCUUGAGCUAUUUCUCCUCGUCACUCCACUGCUCCCCUCAUCGAGGGCUACUAGCUCCACCAGCAAGGCAGCAGCAGCCUCGUCUGCCUCUGCCGCCUCUCGCUCCUUCGCCACUGUGCAGAACCCUCCCACGCAAAAGCCUCCCCAGCAAUCUCACGGCCGCCAACAUGGUAGCCUCCGCGACCAGGACCGCAUCUUCCAGAAUGCCUACAUGCGCCACGACCACCUCCUCAAGGGCGCAAUGGCCCGUGGUGACUGGCACCGCACCAAGGAGAUCAUCCUCAAGGGCCACGACUGGAUCAUCAGCCAGAUGAAGGCAUCGGGCAUGCGAGGACGAGGUGGCGCAGGUUUCCCCUCGGGACUCAAGUGGUCCUUCAUGCUCAAGCCUGGAUGGGAGAAGGACCCUCGCCCCCGAUAUCUCGUAGUCAACGCCGAUGAGGGCGAGCCGGGAACCUGCAAGGACCGCGAGAUCAUGCGUGGUGACCCGCACAAGCUCAUCGAGGGCUGUCUCGUAGCCGGUCGAGCCAUGGGCGCCAACGCCGCCUACAUCUACGUGCGUGGCGAGUUCUACACCGAGGCCGCUCACCUCCAGGAGGCGAUCCACGAGGCGUACAAGCACGGCCUCAUCGGCAAGAACGCCUGUGGCUCUGGCUAUGACUUUGACGUCUACGUGCACAAGGGUGCCGGUGCCUACAUCUGCGGAGAGGAGACCGCCCUCAUCGAGUCACUCGAGGGCAAGCAGGGCAAGCCUAGGCUGAAGCCCCCCUUCCCUGCUGAUGUCGGUGUCUUCGGUUGCCCCACCACCGUAGCCAACGUCGAGACGGUCGCAGCUGCACCGACGAUCAUGCGCCGCGGCCCCGAGUGGUUCGCCGGCUUCGGUCGCGACAAGAACCAGGGCACCAAGCUCUUCGCCAUCUCUGGCCACGUCAACAACCCUUGCGUCGUCGAGGAGGAGAUGUCCAUUCCGCUCCGUGAGCUCAUCGAGCGCCACUGCGGCGGUGUCCGUGGGGGGUGGGACAACCUGCUGGGUAUCGUCCCCGGUGGAUCUUCCGUCCCCAUCCUGCCCGCAAACAAGUGUGGCGACGUCCUCAUGGACUUCGACUCGCUUAAGGACGCCCAGUCUUCCCUCGGUACCGGCGCUGUCAUCGUCAUGGACAAGUCCACCGACAUCGUCAACGCCAUCUCCCGCUUCGCCAAGUUCUACAAGCACGAGUCGUGCGGACAGUGCACACCUUGCCGUGAGGGCACCACCUGGGUCGCAAACAUGAUGGAGCGCUUCACCAUGGGCAGGGGUGACGAGCGCGAGUUGGACAUGAUGUGGGAGCUCACCAAGCAGAUGGAGGGACACACCAUCUGCGCCUUGGCGGACGCAGCAGCGUGGCCGGUGCAGGGUGCUUUGAGGCACUUCAGGCCAGAGUUCGAGGAGAGGAUCCAGCAGUACCGCAGCAUCAACGGACCGGUGCUGUACGGUGGCAAGCUGGCGAAGGAGUGGGAUGAGAACCUGGCGAGGCCGAGCAACUUGCAGGCGCCCGAGGCCGCAAAGACGCUUCCUAACCCGAUGGCGCAGUAGGCGGGUUUGCAGACGUGGUUCCUGCUCUUGCUUCUCUUCGAUAUCGCGAUGUGAGAAUACAG